CCCUAAUCCCCGCCGACGUGCACCUAACAUCUCAGUCCAGUCACUCUAACUAUGACCCUCCGUGCUUGUGGCUUCAUUGUGUUUCGUCGCCUUUUGAAUUGUAUUUCUCCCCAAAACAACAUCGAGUAUCUCCUCCUGCAGACUUCAUAUGGAGAGCACCACUGGACACCCCCGAAAGGUCACGUGGACCCUGGGGAAGACGACCUCACCACUGCUCUGAGAGAAACUAAAGAAGAGGCCGGUCUUGGGGCAGAGCACCUGAGGGUGGUGGACGGCUUCUUACAGGAGCUUCACUACGAGGUGAGAGGCAAACCCAAGCUGGUUCUGUACUGGCUGGCUGAGCUGAGCGACCCAGAGACGGCUGUGACUCUGUCUGAGGAGCACCAGAGCUUCCGCUGGGCCCAACUGGAGGAAGCCUGCAAGCUGGCUCAGUACAAGGACCUGCAGGACACGCUGCGAGCUGCACAGAGACACUUGGAAACGGAGCAGACGUCUGCUUAGAAUAAAGGAUCUGUUUUUAAUUGACGUUUAAUCAUGAAUGCUCCGUCAAGUGCCGGAGAUAUUUGCUGACUGAGAUGACUGUGUACUGGUCUUAUACUAUAGAACUCAAACCCUAUGUGAUUUGUCUUUUUGAACCAUUGAAUUAAACUCUGUAGAAUGAGGGAAUUAUGAACUUAAUUAAAUUGAAAAUGUUUGAAAAU